AUGUCUGUUUUGGACUCAUCUCAUGACAUGUUCGAAGACAGCAAUGUAUCAGAAGGAUCAGGGAUAUUUGAGGCUCCUUGGUGUGGUGUACCUCUUGAGGAGUUAAAAGGAAAAAAUGGAUUCGAUUCUUUGCAACCAGUCAGACCCUCACCUACACACAUUGUUUGUUUCAAGUUACCACUAAUAGAUGGAUACAGGCCGGAACCAUUUCCUGAAACAUUCAACGACAAAUGGGAUACCAUCCAUGUCCGAAUGCCUCAGUCACCACAGAGUCUGUUUCCUGUAUCUGAAAAUGAAUUAAAACCACGAUGGCAGUUGGUUAAAUCAGCUUUCAGUAAAAGCAUAAAAUGCAGCAACGACCUUGAAGGAGCCAUUUUCUCAUAUAAUUCUAAAAAUAGCCAAAAAUGGUCUUUCGAUGCACUUCAUCAGUUUUUUUCUGAGACACUGGCUCCUGAAGAAAGUUCAUAUUUUUUUUCCAACAUCUUUCCGGAUAUUGUUAAACUGGCUUUAGAAGUCGAAACCGCAUUUAAAAGUGGUAUACCUUUUUUAAAGAAAGGGGAAUCUAAAAGCAUUUCAAUCAGUCAGGAACAAGCUGGUAUCCUUCUAGCGAACGCCUUUCUUUCUACUUUUCCUAGAAGGAAUUCACCUACCCAGUAUAGCAAAUAUCCUACAAUAAACUUUAACAGGUUAUUUCAGUGUGGAUCAUUGAGGAGUGUUCAAGAAAAGCUAAAAUGUUUCGUAAACUACUUCAGGAGGAUCUGUAAAAAAAGACCAGAAGGUGUCAUAACGUAUAGCAGACGACAUAUAAACCCGAACGCUCUACCUAUCUGGUCCUCGAUCGACAAGACGCUACCGAAGCUUCAUAUCUCGAGCGAAGGUACUAUAGAAGAUGAAGGCAGCGGCCUUAUUGAAAUCGACUUUGCCAAUAAAUUUAUUGGAGGAGGUGUCCUUGGUAGAGGUUCUGUUCAGGAAGAAAUCAAGUUUUUGAUCUGUCCAGAACUUGUCGUCGCACGAUUGUUCACUGAAGUACUUGAUGACACUGAAGCUGUAAUAGUAAUUGGAUCUGAAAGAUUCAACUCAUACGAAGGCUAUGGAGAAAGUUUUGAAUGGUCUGGAAAUUUCAUCGAUGAAACUAAAAGAGAUCGAUGGAGGCGUCUAGAAACGUGUGUUGCUGCAAUAGAUGCAACAUAUUUUUCUGACACAAAACUACAAUACAACGUAGAAGCUAUUAAUAGAGAACUCAAUAAGGCUUACGCUGGUUUUUCUUUUGGCGGAAACCGAGGUAGCAUUGCGACUGGCAACUGGGGCUGUGGAGUAUUCCGAGGCGACCCACGACUGAAAUCACUGAUACAAUUGAUGGCUGCUGCGGUUGCUGGCAAAUCAGUCGCAUACUUUACUUUUGGCGAUGCCAAGCUAAGAGAUGACAUUUAUAAAAUGUGGUCUACUCUCAGGGAAACAAAUACCACCGUAGGAGCACUUUGGAAACUUUUAAGUGCCUAUGGUCGAAAAAUUAAUGACAGUAAUAGUCAGAUUUCUGUUUUUGAACACAUCUACCAGGAAAUGGAUAAAGUAAGAGGGAUUACGAAACAACCAGAAUUAAAUGAUGUGGUAAUGGAGAAAGAAGACGACAGUACAGAACAUCAAAGGAAUCUGACCGGAAACAUAAAGGAACCUGUCCCUGGUGAAUCGUGCUCGCUCACUACUGAAGAAGGGAGAAAAAAAUGUCUGGAAACGGAAGCCGCUCGCUGGGAUGCCUAUCGAGCAGCGAUGAAUACUUAUGGCUCGCCCAGGACUCCAGUUAAAAGAAAAAUAUCUGACUAUUUCCAAAAGACGGAAAAGUAA